CCGCUGUGUGUCGUCAAAGAGAACCAAGAAGAACGGAGAGAAAGAGGUGCGGUGUUGCGUGACUGGGUGCGAGCGACCGUGGCGCGUGUGUGUUUGUUGUGUUGUUAAGCGUAAACGAGUUUUACAAGAUUCUCCUCGUACUCCGCUUUUUCGAGUAAUACGCGAGCAUAAACGCGGACGAAACUAGGAAAAACGAACCGGGUGCGGAGUAAUUCGGGAGAAGCGAGGAAGAAAGAGUGAGAGCGAGAGAGAGAGAGAGAGAGAGAGAGAGAUACGAGUGAGUGAGGAAGAGAGCGAGGGUGACCAGACCAGCGGGGACAACAGUAGGGUCGCCGUCCGAUUGAUAAAGGGAUCAGCUUCGUGACGAACGAACGCCACACGAUGUCGUCCUACAUUCAGGUCGCCGAGGACGAGGGUGAGGAGCCGAUCGAGCUGCCGACCGAGGACGACACCACGCUCCUGCUCACCACCCUAUCCGCCCAGUUUCCCGGUACUUGCGGCCUCAAAUACCGCAACCCGGAGUCCCGUACGAUGCGCGGUGUACGAUUGGUCGACGGUCGUCUGCAUCCGCCCGAGAACGGCUGGGGCAAAGCGAUCUACUUCUGCGUAUUCCCUAAAGAGAACAAACGUAAAUCUGAUGACAAUUUGGAAAAUUCCACAGCUAAGACUAAAAGAAUGGAAACAAAGUUACGUUGCACUGACUUAAUUGUACUUGGUUUGCCAUGGAAAACAACCGAACAGAAUUUGCGUGAAUACUUUGAAACGUUUGGCGAAGUUUUGAUGGCACAGGUAAAAAAAGAUGCAAAAUCCGGUCAAAGCAAAGGAUUUGGUUUUAUUCGAUUUGGAAGUUAUGAAUCGCAGUUGAGAUGCCUUGCUCAACGUCAUAUGAUAGAUGGCAGAUGGUGUGAUGUCAAGGUUCCUAACAGUAAGGAAGGAAUGAUACAGCAAGUCCCCUGCAAGGUUUUCGUCGGCCGCUGCACAGAAGAUCUAACCGCGGACGAUCUACGAGAUUAUUUCUCCAAAUUUGGCGAAGUCACGGACGUUUUCAUCCCGAAACCCUUCCGCGCGUUUUCGUUUGUCACUUUCUUAGAUCCUGAGGUCGCUCAGUCGCUCUGUGGCGAAGAUCAUAUUAUCAAGGGUGUCUCGGUACACGUCUCGAAUGCCGCGCCCAAGUCCGAGGGAAACAAUAAAAAUUUUAAUAAUCAAGUUAACUCGAACAUGAGGGGCGGCAGGGGCGCGCCGGGACCCGUCGAUAAUAACGUCCAGGGCAAUUAUCAGGGUAACCGUUAUAUGGGUCAUUCGGGCAACAAUAUGGGCCCGAAUGGCUGGAACAAUCCGGGGAAUCGCGGUAAUCUCGACAUGCCGAAUCUACAAGCCCUUGGUAUCACCGGUCAAAACAACGGUGGUGGUGGUGGAGGCGGCAUGUCGAAUCCGCUGGCGAUGGGUGGUCUGAAUCUGUCUGCGUUGCCGGUCAAUCCGGCAUUGGUGGCCGCUGCUCUGAACCAGGCGUCCUGGGGUCUGAUCGGUAAUCUGCAGAACCAGGGAAACGACCAGGGUUAUUCGAACCAGCCGGGCCCACCGGGCCAGCCGCCCUCCGGUAACAACAGUAUUGGUAAUAGCGGCAAUUCUGGCUUUCUCAGCUGGAUGAACCAAGGCGGCGGCGAUGGCAAUACUGGCAAUCCCGGCACCGGCGGCCCCGGGCCGAAUAACCCGAACGCGUCCCAGGGCGCCUGGCAGAAUCACCCGGGUCAGCGCGACCAGAAGUCGAAUACCUUUCUCAAGUACGAGUAAAUUCAAUCGGGGCCGUGGGUCUACUCGUAAAACCAAACGGAUCCUCCAUCCACGGGUCCCGAUACAACAACCAUAACGAACGGUGGUAACUAAUGAGGUCGACAGUUUUCCAAAAAUGCGUCGACCUCGGAAAAAGAUUAAGAGCCAGAGCCUAUAGUAUGUUGACGUUUUUUCUAAUGUUUUGCACUAAUCGCCACUGCGUGUAUUAUAAUAUUUCGAGACCUUCCCCACUCUCUUAUUGGUUUGACAAAUUAGCACAAUUCCGUUCGUUUAGGUUUACAACAAUCGAAGGCGGAUAGCUUCGAUCAUUCAAAUAUAUGUGCGCGAUUUUUGCGUCACUCUCUGAGGUGUGAGCGUCCGAUGAAUAGUAGCAUGAUUAAAAUCAAUACGUAUGAAGUUGAUGUAUGAGGAGCUUAGCUGUACAAUGAUGAGAUUGAUCGAUCGAAUACAUUUAUUGCUUAGCAUAAUAAUUGGUAAACUUGUAAUUUACAUGUACAAAGAUACCUGACGAGAUCUGAGUCCUAAAAAGAUUUCAGCUACUUCAGCAUUUAUUAAACUCAGUGAAAUGUGUACUAAAAUAGUCUUACUCAAAAAGAAAUAACUACUACACAAACAUGAAAUUCUACGCAUUCUCAUUUGAUAUUAGUUUAGAUUCCGAAAUUGCCUAGUCGCAGCAAAGAUAAUGAUGUCCCAGUACAGUUUUCAAAUCAUACCUAAGUCUAAAGAAACAAUAAAAAUGUUAAUAAUCAAGUGAACUUUGACGAGGGGAGUUACAUCUGCAUUAUUCUUUCAUUCUAUUUAAGUAUACAUUUUCUUAAAUAGCAAUUAAUAAAUUAUUGGAAAAUCGGAAGUAGCUAAAGUUUUUUUUCAUCGCAAAUCUCUUUAAUAGAGGGGGCUUUAGUAAAUACUUAAUAGUAUUUGUUGAGCUGUUUUGGCUUUCUCUAUACGACCACAUUUUUUUAUUUAAUUAUAAUUAAAUUUUGUCUCCUUGUCUACGUCAAAAAUGUAAUGUAGGAGGAGACUAGAUUGAUCACCUUAGUCACAAGAACAAAGUUAGUAACUAACUAAGGCAAUCGAUCUAAUGGGUGCAAUGUGGUAAUAGAUGAUACCUAGUAUCAUGAGACCAAAGCCAAUUAUAUAAUUUGUUGUAACGAAUCGAGAACCAU